CAAUUACUGCGUGACAAUCCCUUUUAUAUAUUUACGUAGUCCAUACUGUAGUCAUAUCUUCAUAAUUACCGUCUGUUUCCAUUUAUUCCUUUCUACCAUUCUAAAAGCCUACUUGUCUUCCAAUCAUGGCCUCCGCAAAGCAAGCAGGGCGCGGGAUUCGCAUUGCCAUAGACCGCGGCGGCACUUUCACAGAUUGCGUGGGCAACCCAGGAACAGGAAAGAUGGAGGACGAUGUCCUCAUAAAGCUCCUCUCGGUGGACCCUUCAAACUACGAUGACGCGCCCCUCGAAGGCAUCCGCCGACUUCUUUCACAAUUCACCGGCAAGGAAAUUCCUCGCGGCGAGCCCUUAGAUACAUCGAAGAUCGAAAGCAUUCGGAUGGGUACGACAGUAGCCACCAAUGCGCUAUUAGAACGAAAGGGAGAGGAUAUCGCUCUGGUUGUGACGAAAGGCUUCAAAGACUGCCUCACGAUAGGAAACCAGUCGCGGCCGAAUAUCUUCGCGCUCGACAUUCGGAAGCCAGAGGUCUUAUACAAAAAGGUGGUGGAGAUUGACGAGCGCGUGACGCUCGAAGAUUAUGCUGAGGAUCCGGAGCGCACUCGUACGGAAGCAGAAUCGAUCGAGAAAGCAGGUGCAGAUGCUACACUCGUCACAGGACUGUCAGGCGAGACAGUGCGGAUAUUACAGCGUCCUCGGGAUGAAGCGAUACGGAAACAACUACAGGAGGUAUACGAUGGCGGUUUACGAAGUAUUGCCGUGUGUCUCAUGCAUGGUUACACCUAUCCAAACCACGAAGCUUUAGUCGGUCGAAUAGCGAAAGAGAUCGGAUUUGAGCAUGUCAGUUUGAGCCAUGAACUCAUGCCCAUGAUUAAGCUUGUCCCUCGAGCUACCUCUGCGUGUGCAGACGCCUACCUCACCCCGGCGAUUCGGAAGUACAUUGACGGAUUUUCGAAAGGCUUCGAAGGUGGACUGGGGACUAAGAGCGUCAAGCGCGAAGAAGGAUCUAAAGGCGCACGUUGCGAAUUCAUGCAAUCCGAUGGCGGUCUAGUGGAUGUGGAUAUAUUCUCUGGCCUGAAAGCAAUCCUGUCCGGCCCCGCUGGCGGUGUCGUAGGAUAUGCCCUGACUUCUUACGACCCCAACACCAAGAUUCCCGUCAUAGGUUUCGAUAUGGGCGGCACAAGUACUGACGUCAGUCGGUAUGGUGCGGGACGGUACGAUCACGUUUUUGAGACGACCACGGCUGGUGUUACCAUCCAGUCGCCUCAACUAGACAUCAAUACUGUCGCAGCAGGCGGUGGCUCGAGGUUGUUCUGGAAGAAUGGCCUUUUCGUCGUGGGCCCUGAAUCUGCAUCCGCUCACCCUGGCCCGGCAUGCUACCGUAAAGGUGGACCUUUGACCAUCACUGAUGCCAAUCUCUUCCUCGGUCGCCUGCUGCCAGAUUUCUUCCCAAAGAUCUUCGGCAAGAACGAGGACGAAGGCCUAGAUUCGGAGGCGAGCGAGAAGCUGUUCAAAGAAUUGGCUGCUACCAUAAACAAGGAGGUUUCUGGUGGAAGCAAGGAUAAGGAGAUGUCGCUAGACGAAGUAGCGUAUGGGUUUAUCAAGAUCGCCAACGAGACAAUGACCCGACCUAUACGAAGUCUGACCGAGGCUCGAGGCCAUGACACGUCCAAGCAUCGCCUGGCAACGUUCGGAGGUGCUGGUGGUCAGCACGCCGUUGCUAUUGCCGAAGCGCUCGGUAUAUCGCAGAUCUUGAUCCACAGAUACUCGUCUGUGCUUUCGGCCUACGGUAUGGCUCUCGCAGAUGUCGUAGACGAGAGGCAGGAGCCUGAGUCGAAGGUGUGGUCCGAUGACAAAGAGGUUCGGGAAUACCUCCAGCAAAAGAUGAAUGAAUUGAAGUCAAAGUCGAUUGCAACCCUGAAAGAUCAAGGCUUCGAGGAAGGCCAGAUACACUUUGAGGAGUACCUCAAUUUGCGAUAUCGUGGAACCGAGUCUGCCUUGAUGAUUGUCAAGCCUUCGAAAGAGGAGGCCGACAAAGACUUCGGAGGUGAUGAGUGGGCUUUUGAUAAGGCAUUCGUUAAGCAGCACGAACAGGAGUUUGGUUUCACCCUUCCCGAUAGAGAUAUCAUCGUGGAUGAUGUGCGGGCCCGAGGCAUUGGCAAGACGUUUGAAGGUCUCGAGAAGACAGUCGACCAACAGCUCAAGGAGAUCAAGCCCCGCGAUUUAGCCCGAGAGGAUAAGCGAUAUGGCACCAAACAGGUAUACUUUGAGGGAGGCCGGCAAGAGACUUCGAUCUACAAGCUCGAGGACCUAGCUGUUGGUGAUCGCCUCCAGGGCCCAGCGAUUAUUGCAGACGGUACCCAGACUAUCGUAGUCACGCCGGGAGCCUCUGCACUCUUGAUCAAUACCCACGUCAUCAUCAACAUUGGUGAGAGUGAUGGCCAGGACAAGCAGAUCGAUACUAAGGAGGUGGAUCCAAUUCUUUUGAGUAUUUUCGCCCAUCGUUUCAUGGCCAUUGCCGAACAGAUGGGACGGGCAUUGCAAAAGACUAGUGUCAGCACCAACGUGAAAGAACGUCUCGACUACUCCUGCGCUCUGUUCGAUGCCGAUGGAGGUCUCGUAGCUAACGCACCCCAUCUUCCGGUCCAUCUGGGCAGUAUGUCGACAUGCGUGCGCAAACAAGCCGCGAUAUGGAAAGGCAAGUUGAAGAAGGGUGACGUGAUCGUCUCCAACCACCCCAUGUUUGGAGGCACCCAUCUCCCCGACAUAACGGUGAUCACUCCAGCAUUUUCUGGGGACAAGAUCAUUUUCUAUGUCGCUUCACGUGCUCACCACGCCGACAUUGGCGGAAUUCUCCCCGGAUCGAUGCCUCCUAUGUCACGAGAACUGUAUCAAGAGGGUGCAGCUAUCAAGUCAGAGAAGCUCGUGUCUGAAGGCCACUUCAACGAGAAACGCAUCACAGAACUACUUCUCGACGAGCCAGGCCAAUAUCCCGGCUGCUCGGGAACAAGAUGCCUCAGCGAUAACAUCAACGACCUCAAAGCGCAAGUCGCCGCGAACCAGAAAGGAAUCAACCUGAUCUCGACGCUGAUGUCCGACUACGGCGAGGAGGUUGUCCAAUUCUACAUGCGCAACAUCCAAGCCAAUGCCGAGAAUUCAGUCCGCCAUCUCCUCAAGCAAGUCUACAAGCGCUUUGAGGGGCAAGAUCUGUCCGCGAUAGACUACAUGGACGACGGCUCGCCCAUCAAACUGAAAGUCACCAUCGACCCCAACAAGGGCGAAGCGACCUUCGACUUCAGUGGCACAGGCCCAGAAGUCUACGCCAACAUUAACGCCCCAGAAGCCGUCACAUACUCCGCCAUCAUCUACUGCCUCCGGUGUCUCAUCUCCGAAGACAUCCCCCUCAACCAAGGCUGCCUCGCGCCAAUCACCGUCCUCAUACCCAAGAAGUCCUUCCUUUCCCCAAGCGACAACGCCGCCGUCGUCGGCGGCAACGUCCUCACAUCGCAACGCGUAACGGACGUCGUGCUGAAAGCCUUCCGCGCGUGCGCCGCCUCCCAAGGCGACACCAACAACCUGACCUUCGGCUUCGGCGGCACCGUCUUCUCCCCCGACGGCACCUCCUCCUCCCCCUCCCGCAAAGAAACCAAAGGCUUCGGAUACUACGAGACGAUCGCAGGCGGGUCAGGCGCCGGCCCGACCUGGAACGGCACCAGCGGCGUGCACACGCACAUGACCAACACGCGGAUCACCGACUCGGAGGUCUUCGAGCGGCGGUACCCGGUGCUACUGCGGGAGUUUGGGUUGCGGACGGGAAGCGCGGGCGUGGGCGCGCACAAUGGCGGCGAGGGCGUCAUCCGCGACAUCGAGUUCCGCAUCCCCGUGCAGGUUAGCAUUCUCAGCGAGAGGAGAGUGUAUCAUCCGUAUGGGCUUGAAGGCGGAGGCGACGCGGCGUGUGGGUUGAAUAUCUGGGCGAGGAAGGUGGAUAGAAAGGCUGUGGAUAGGAAUUCGGAUUCUAAGGCUGGGGGUGCUGCGAAUGGCGGUGGGGAGGCGAGUAGAGAUCAGACGGUUGAGGAGCUGCAGGCGGAGGAGGAGGGCAUUGUUCAUCCUGGAGGAGAGGAGAAGGAGGGCGUGGAGUAUAGGUAUAUCAAUAUGGGUGCGAAGAAUACGGCGAGUAUGCAGCCGGGUGAAAGGAUCAUCAUUUAUACGCCUGGUGGUGGCGCUUGGGGCAAGGCAGGUGAGGAGAGUAAGGUUAAGGAUCAGAAGGAUCCCCAGCUUGCGUGGAAGAAGGGGAGUGUCGCUGAGAGGAUGUCUACUGCGGAGGCGAGUGCGUAGAUGUGCCGUUGAAUAUAGCAUUAGCUUCUGAUGUACAGAUUGUAUGUAUGCCAACAAACUCAAAUAUGA